CCUUGAAGAAUCAAGAUCCCCAAGACUCCAAGCACCAGGCGACUGCACUGCACCAAAACGCCGGCGUGUCGCUCUUCCUCAUACUCGAAGAAUUCGAUCGCAAUCGUACGAUACACCACACACGGCACCAACUGGAUUAGAAUCAAGUCAGAGUGAGAUCGUCAUCGUAAGUCAAUCACAUAUUCAUCCAGGGCCUGAUAGGAUUCUUCACGACGAGGUUCGCGACCAUGUGGUAGUCAGCGACCACGCCCAACGUCCAGCGCAUGAUCAGAUGAAACAGCAACGUCACAUCAUCCAACGCAAUCACCGGCAACCUCAACGUCAAUUUCACCAUCCUCAUCAUUACCAUCAUCACAGCCUGGUCUCUCUUCUACGCGAACCAGUAGCGACAUCAUCGACGACGACAUUUGAGCGUUUGGGGAUCUUACGACCGGAAGCAGGUUCCCCUCAGAGGAGAGCAAUCCAAGUUUGUAGGAGUUGUCACGAUGGUGCAGCGUGUUGGAAGGAGAUGGCGGGGAUCGGUUGCAAGCUUGAGACAAAAGAUCUCUGGGAUCGUUUUCAUGAACUUGGCACCGAAAUGAUUAUAACUAAAUCUGGCAGACGCAUGUUUCCAACUCUCCGGGUCUCAUUCGUUGGUUUGCAUCCCAUGUCAUCAUACUCCGUGUACAUUGACGUCGUACCGUUAGAUAACAAGCGCUACCGAUACGCUUACCACCGGUCAUCCUGGCUCGUAGCAGGCAAGGCCGACCCGUCAUUGCCCCCGAGACUUUCCCGCCACCCCGACUCGCCCUUCACGGGAGAACAGCUGCUUAAACAGUUCAUAUCAUUCGAGAAGGUCAAGUUGACCAACAAUGAAUUGGAUAAGAAUGGACAUGUCAUCUUAAAUUCGAUGCACCGCUAUCAACCUCGGAUACACAUCGUGAAAAAUGUAGCUUCCGCUGAUAGCGAUGAUGACCACCGGGAGAACAACGACAAAAGCCACGACGUCGAUGGUAAUGACAUGGAUGAAGUCAUGAACGCUUGUCGAUCAAGACCGCAACACGUUCGCACUUUCGUUUUCUCCGAGACAUCAUUCACCGCGGUAACAGCGUAUCAGAACCAGCUGAUUACAAGAUUAAAAAUCGACAGCAAUCCCUUCGCCAAAGGCUUCCGAGAUUCUUCUCGGCUUUCAGAAUUUGAGAGGGAAAAGGUGGACAUCUUGAUGAAAGGUCAUACCUACGCCCGUAAUCCAACCAGUCCAACGAGAGAGGGCGUCCUUACCACUAUGUUGGCGGAUGGAGUUCCGAAGACUUUCUCACUAGGAGCAUUAGCAGAUGAUUCUUCGUGUAAUUUACCAAUUCAUCUAGACUCUCCCCUCUCCUUUCCGCUGCAGAGGCCACCGAUUCGGAUCGGACAACCUACCAUAUCUGCUUUUGGUGACCAUCUACUCCCGCCCUCAGCAAUAUACUAUGGCCCUUUCGGCGAACAUCUUCUGCUUCCGGGUGAAAGUUCAAAUAUUCCUGUGGGACUUCUUCACGGCGGGAGUCAGGACAGAGAUGGCGGUAAUCACAGUUCAGUUAGACCAACGUUGUUCAAUGAUGGGACUGACUACCGUUGGAAUCGGUACCAAUCUUUGCUCAUGAAGAGAAGUGUCCCUCAUUUACCUCAAAUGUUUAGCAAAUCUUUUCCCGAAGCACCGUUAGUGGCCUCCAGAGAUGGGGUGCAGUACCGACGCAUCGGGCGCCAUCCUGUCACCUGAUUUUAGUAGCACAAGUAAACUGUUCGAAAACAUUAGCAACAAGGGCUUGUUUAAGGGCAAUAGAAGCUUAAAGUGUUUUCUUUUACCUUAUCUGGUUGAAAAGGGAUUGGUUGUAGACUUGUGAAAAAAAAUGUAAAUGAAAAGUAAUGUUUUAAGAGUUCUGGAAGACGUGCUUAUCACUUGCUUGAAAAUUACCUCGAGACAGAUCACUCUGGAAUGAGAUUGAGUUUGAUCGUUGACAUGGUUGCGGUUCAAUCAUGACGUAGUUUUCAUUGAUUGGAAAACGGCAUGAAACUCUAGAUGGCAUGUUCUUGGAACGCCAUUGCGAAUGAUAUUUCCGUGAUAGAUGUCUAAAAAUUGAUAAAAUGGAUGACCGCAUAAUUAUUCUUUGAAGCUAAUGAUUCCUGUCCGACCUACUAUUGUUUGUUGUUGCAAUUAUGAACUUAUUAUAACAACAAUCUGAAAGUUUUGUAGAGUGUAGCAACGCGGGAAACUGAGCAUGAAAAAAGUCGACUAGUUUCCUUGCCUGACAUCUCAACUUGUUCUUACCAAAGAAUGGAUACCCCCCAGCGGCCCACAUCACUGUAAAAAGAUAUUGGGUAAAAUUUUAACCAGCAUGAGGGUAAUUAUGUGUCCAACCAAUGGGGGAGGAUUUUACCCAAUGCGGGAAGCUACAUUGUCCAGUAAGGUUAAAAAAUAAGCAGCAAUUACUUUAGAAUGGGCAAAAUUUCCAUCACACUGGAGAAAUAAAAAUGCCCAAACGAAAUGCCCAAUGUUGGUUGGAUACAUGAUUACCCUCAUGGAGCAUUUUUACCCAAUAUUUUUUUAGAGUGAUGUGUUUUGCCAGGAGAUACAGGCAAUGUACAAUAAUGUUGCUAGCUGUACUCCACUCCAGCAACUUUGUCACGUUUGUUACAAAGAACACAGAUCAGAAUAAAUUGUAAUUAAAUCAAUUAGCAGUCCAGCAGUGAACUUGCAAAUCGAAAACGCCCUAUUGAUUUUGAAUCUCCGACGUUAAUCAUUUUAUACCUUCGCACACGAGACCCACUCGAUUUCACCUCAAGCGCUGGUAACUUUUAUAAUUUAUGUACAUCUAGAAAUUGAUAUAAAAUAAUAAAUAAUAAUACAUGAUUUGUAUAUCACACGUAUCCACCUUGCUAGGUGCUUAAGGCACUCCUAUAUUACCCCGACUAAGCUAGGCGAGAGUCUUAACCACUAGACCACGACGUUCCCACAUAUUUAAGCAUGUAACGCAAGUUUUGUGAUAUAUUUUGUUUCAACAUUAACUUUGAUAUAUACGUCACAUGAGUGAGUAAAACAGUUCGACGAAAGGGUACUUAAAGUUAUUCGGUGAGCGGCAUCACAGUUUUGUAAGUGAAUUUAACGAUUCUAGAAAGAUGAUUUUCAGCCCUUUUCUAUGACACCCCAAUCACUUUACAGUGGUGUGUUGAGGAAAGGAACGUAAGACACUGUCGUUUCAGAUGUGAAUUUUCCUUGCAGACUUCUUAGAGUGAGCAAACGAAACUAAAAAGUGGAUUAUUUUGAAAAUCAAUGGUCAAUCAUUUAACAAAAAACAAUUUAUGUGGGUCAAAAAAUCAAUUUGGCCAGAUGUCACUGAUUAAAUGCAAAUGUGAUGAAAUCAUUCAUAAUUACUGUCUGAUUUAUUUUCAUAAGAUGCAUUCAUUGUAAUAGAUAAACCCAUGCCUUGGUGAGGUGGUAUUUGUUGGUGACAUAAUUAUAGGGAAAUUACGCUUAUAAUGAUAUGCUGAAAUGCAUGUUAGGGUUGAAGACUAUACAUUUGCAAUCUUUCAGAAGGUUAUCUUUAAUGUACAUUUACCGGUAAUAUCCGGUUCAUGGUGGCCUGUCAACAGACGAAAAAGAUGAUUAUAGACCAUUCCUGCCUCACCGAGUUGAUUUUGUUUCUCAAUAAAUGUUAUCAGUUGUCUUUUAUUAGGUCAAUAAAAUUGCAAUACUAUCGUGU